AUGUCUGUCGAUGUUAUGUAUACGAAGGUGUGGCGUGGACGAAGAAAGGCAAUUGAGAGGAUAUAUGGAACCUGGGAAAGCAACUUUCAGGAGCUGCCAAAGUACGUGUUACGCCUUCAGUCUCGAAACCCUGGUACGGUGGUUUCAUGGUUUCAUCACCCGCACUCGGCUCCAGGACAUCCAACAUUCAAAUAUGUUUUUUGGGCAUUUGGUCCUUCUAUUCGCGCGUUUCAUCUUUGCCAGCCUGUCAUCUCUGUGGACGGCACACACUUGAAAGGAGGGUACCGUGGUAAGUUGUUGGUUGCGGUAACCAAAAACGCCAACAACUACAUAAUGCCAGUUGCGUACGCUCUAGUUGACGAAGAGACGGUUCAUAGUUGGUGUUGGUUUUUCCAAAAUUUGAGAGAAUACGUCACCAAAGACUGUAACAGUAGAAUUUGUGUUCUAUCAGACCGUCAUGCCAGGAUAAUUAAUGCGAUGGAGAACCUUCUGGAUUGGAGGGAACCAAACGCCUACCACCGUUAUUGUCUUCGGCAUGUCAGAAGCAAUUUUAGUGGUGGGUUCAAGACCAAAUCUCUUAGGAAGCUGUGUUGGAUGAUCGGGAGCACAAGUCAACGAAGAAAGUAUGUUUGGGCUGUGAGGGAAAUGCAGAUGUUAAAUCGGGGUGCUUGGAACUACCUGAACGACAUCGACAAAAGCAAGUGGACUAUUGUUUAUGACCGCGGAAACCGUCGUUGGGGUAACCUUACGACGAACAUAUCCGAGUUUAUGAAUAAUGUCUUACGGGGAGCAAGACUCCUGCCAGUAAAAGCCUUGAUUCAUUAUACAUUCACCAAGGACGUAUCAGAGUAUGCUCGCCACGCGCAGAUGGCCCAAAGCUGCAAUACCCCUCUACCCCCUCGAAUUUGGUCCAGGUUUAACAAGUUGCAUUCCGUAGCCAUGCAACAUGAAGUGUCCGUCUACGAUGUCAGAGAAGGUCGUUACGCGAUAGUUUCAAGGGAAGAAACCAAUGAUGACGGUGGAAACGAGUACACCGUUGAAUACAGACGCCACCGGUGCUCAUGCGGGAAAUGGAAAAUGCUUAGAUUCCCUUGUUCCCAUGCUAUCGCCGUUUGA